AUGGUGCAAGUACGCGAGAAGAAGGCAUCAACGCGCGACUUCAUCGAGCAGGCCAGCAGAAUCAAGAGCGUGACACAUCGACACGGCGUGCCGCUCAUCAUCAACGAUCGACUUGACGUGGCGCUGGCCGUGGGGGCAGAUGGCAUCCACGUCGGACAGGACGACAUGGCCGCUACCACAGCCAGGGCGCUGCUCAAACAAUCAUCAUCACCCGCCCGAAAGAUGCUACUCGGCGUCACGGCCACCAACGAAGCACAGGCCAGGGCGGCCGAGCUGGCGGGAGCCGACUACCUGGGCACCAGCGCCGUCUUCCCCACAGAUACGAAGAAGGACGGAGGCGCGGGCUACGUGAUCGGGCUGGACGCGGUGCAGCGCAUCUGCCGGGCCACUUCGCUGCCGGUGGUGGCCGUCGGCGGCAUCAACGCAACAAACGCUCACCAGAUCGUGGCGCACGGCGCGGCGGGUGUGGGCGUGGUGUCGGCCAUCGUAGGCGCCGACUGCCCGCGAACAGCUGCCGCCGGACUCGCCGCCGUGGUCGACUCGGCCUUGCCCAAGAGGCCGCUCGUACAGAACGUUACCAACUACGUCGUCAUGAACGACACAGCCAACGCUACGCUGCAGGCCGGUGGAUCUCCCGUGAUGGCGCACGAGAACGGGGAAAUGACCGAGCACGCACAGGCGGUGGUCCUCAACAUGGGCACCCUCGACGAUCACUGGCUGAGACAGAUGAAGGCCAUCGGGCAAGUGGCCAACGCGAUCGGCGUGCCCAUCGUCUUUGACCCCGUCGGUGCCGGAGCCACCCACUACCGAACCGGAGCUGCGCUUCAGCUGUUGGACGAGCUGCGCGUAUCGGUGCUGCGGGGCAACCCGGGCGAGCUCGCCGCUCUGCACGUCGCCCUGUGCUCCAUCGAACGGUCGCUGGCCUCCGAGCUCCUCGUCCGCGGUGUCGACAGCCCCGGCUACCUCCCCGACAGCGAGUCGAUCAUCCGUUCCCUUGCUCGAACCAAACGCACCAUCGUCGCCAUGACAGGCAAGCAAGACUUGGUGUCGGACGGUGAGCGCUUGCUGCAAGUCCACAACAAUCACAUCCUGCUGGGCCAGCUGACGGGCACGGGCUGUAUGGUGACGUCGCUCAUCGGCGCGUUCGUGGGCGCUCUGCCCACCACCGAGCAGACCCACGCCGUCGCGGAGCGAAGACAGCAUGUGCUGGAGGCCACGGCCGCCGCGCUCGCCUACUUCUGCCACGCGGCCGAGCGGGCCGGCGCUCGGACCAUCGCCGAGGGGCUCGGCCCGGGCAGCUUUCAUACGGCGCUCCUGGACGAGCUCUUCCUCCUCACCCCGCACGAACUGGAGCAGCACGCCCGCAUCGUUGACAUGCGGCAUGCAUCGUGA